ACCGCAGCUUUGGAGGCGCGCGGGGCGCGGGGCGGAGCUGCUCCACCUCUAGCUUGAACCCACCGGCGUGGCCCUGGUCGCCGGAGACGCUGUCCUUGGCGCAGACGGCGGGGAAGGGGCGGCGGACUGUGAGGCCAGGUAGCAGGAGGUGGCGAUGGGGAUCGGCGGCAGUAUGGGAAAAGAAGAGUCUGUUGGAUAGUAGAGACUUAUAGAGAGCUAAGGUUGGCUAGAUGGGUAACUAAAUUGUAAUAUAAAGAGUAGAUUUACACCGGCUCAACCCAAUCCAUCCAUCCACCCUAAGCACUAGCCGAACUCUCCCCACUCUUCCCGCCACCAUGGCCGCCGCCGCCAUCUCCUUGCCCCAUUCCCUCUCCCCUCCCCUUCAAGCCACUCGCCGCCGCCCAGCGCCUCCCGCCUGCUCGCACUCUGAGCGCGGCGUCUCCUUCGACCCUGGCUCCGCCUUCUACCGCAGCGACAGCGCCGCGGGCCGCGACCUCGCCGUCCUCGCGGCCACCCUCCGCCGCCACGGCCGCCUCGAUCCCUCCGCCCCGUUCCUCUGCCUCGACGCGAUGUGCGGCUGCGGCGUCCGUGCGCUCCGCUACCUCGCGCAGGCCGGCGCCGACUUCGUCUGGGCCAACGACGCCUCCGAGGCGCUCCGCCCCGUCAUCGUCGCCAACCUAUCCCGCGUCGAGCGGGGUUCGCCGCCGGCAGAGGCGGGGCGCAGGAGGUGGGUCGUGUCGCACAACGACGCCACCCGGUUGCUAGCGGAGCGGUACCUCCGGCGCGAGUACUUCGACGUCAUCGACGUGGACUCGUUCGGUGGCGACGCCGCAUACGUAAGGGCGGCGCUCUUGGCGCUCAAGAUUGGGGGCCUUCUCUACCUGACGUCCACGGAUUGGCGGUCGGCGAGAGGGUAUGGUUCGAGAAGCUCUUUGUCUUCAUAUGGAGCAUAUGUUCGUCCAAUGCCAUAUCCGAAUGAGGUCGGUUUACGAAUGGUUAUAGGUGGUGCUGCACGGGAAGCAGCUCUUCUGGGAUUUCACAUAAGACCAGUAUUCUCGUAUUUUGCAUAUCAUGGUCCUAUUUAUCGAGUGAUGGUACAAUUAUGCAACGGAAAAGAUAAUGACACCAGUAAUUAUGGCUUCAUUAGUCAUUGCAAGAGUUGUGGCCAGUCUCAGACUUUUGGAUUUGAUGAGCUGGGGCAGAUUUCUUGUGGUUGUACAGACAGAGCAGAUGAUGAUUUGAUCGCUGUUGUAGGCCCACUUUGGACAGGUCCCCUCCAUGAUGCCUCUUUCCUUACUGAAAUGCUAAGCUUGGCUGACGAAUGGGGAUGGGCAUACACAAGUGAGAAUGGUGUCACUUUGGAAAAACUUCUUAGCACGAUGAUUGAGGAGAGUGACCCACGGUUGCCUCCAGGAUAUAUAAGACUUGAUGAGGUAUGUCUUGCAGUGCUAUGUGGAAUUAUUGACUUCCUAGAAGUCUUCCACAAAAAGAUUUCGAGGCGAGCAAAAAUUAACUCUCCACCACUCGGUACCCUCAUCAAUUCUCUACGGAAGGAAGGUUUUUCAGCUUGUCGAUCUCAUAUAGGUACAAAUGUAAUCAAGACCAACUGUCCAAUUUCUUCUUGCAUCGAUGUGGCACGGGAGAUCCGAAACUUGCGAUGAAUGCCAACUGCAUUCUUUGUGAUUCACCAAGUAGAGUUAUUUUGCCCGUUGGUGGCACAAAGGGAGUAAUUGGAAGGCAGAAUUUUUGCUCACAAGGGUGCCUGUCGUCGCGAGCUACACACAUUUCGCAUUAGGGUGCCUGUUGUUUGCAUGUUUGUGAUAGGCAUCUGUAGUUCACCUGUUUGUAUACAGGCAACUGUUAUUCCUUUUCUUUUUAAUUCUUUGGCAGCUGAUGUAGAACCUUGUUAGAAUGAUUAGAAAGAUGCAUGUUAGCGGAAACUGCAAUAUGAGGAUGUAAAAAUGUAUUCCCUCCGAUGGCGUGAACUCAUCUUGCCCUAAAUACCAUAUGUUCAAGAACAAAGUAGAUUUUUUUAUGA